AUGGGCAAGAAAUCCAAGUCGCAGUCGCAGUCACAGUCGGAGAAUCCUCCGCAGACGGGCUCUUCGCUGCCUUUUCUGAGCGGGAAGACCUCGGUGGAUCCCACAUUGGCAUCUUUAUUCGAAAACAGUUCUGGCCCUGUCAAGGCUCCCUCCAUUCCUGCUGUUAUUCCCGCGCCGUCCAAGACGAAGCCCAGCGCCGAGGAAGAGGAAGACGUCGAAGAUGAGGAACUCUCCGAAAUCGAAGAGGAGCUGCCCGAUGAAGACGAAUCCAUGCAGGACGCCGCGGAAUCGCCCGUCGAGGCUCCUGAGAAGCCUGUCGAACAGACCGAGGGCGCUAGUCGGAAACGGAAGCGGACGACGACGACCGACGAUCUGGAAGAUUCCUACAUGCGCCGUAUAGCGAAGGAGGAACAGAAGGAGGAAAAGAAGCGUCGUGAGGAGAAGGCGAAGCGACAGAAAGUCGAUGGCGAACAAAAUGCGGAGCCCACCUCGGAACAGUCCGAAGAAGAGGACGAUGAGAGCUCGGAGGAGGAGGUGACUGUCCCCAAGCACGAGACGGAAACAGGCGAUACGGCAGCGAACGAGCUGGAGCGAUCCAACCGCACGGUGUUCUUGGGCAACGUCUCUAGCGAGGCCAUCAAAUCCAAAUCCGCGAAGAAGACUCUCCUGCGCCAUCUGGCAUCGGUUUUGUCUACACUGCCCGAGUCUACGGGACCGCACAAGGUGGAAUCAAUUCGGUUCCGUUCCACGGCCUUUGCAAGCGGCGGGAAGAUCCCCAAGCGAGCUGCAUUCGCCAAGCGGGAGCUCCUGGAUGAGACUACUCCCAGCACCAACGCAUAUGCUGUCUACAGCACGAUACAGGGGGCCCGGAAGGCUCUGUCCUUGAACGGAACGGUCGUCCUCGACCGGCAUCUGCGCGUGGACAGCGUUGCGCACCCGGCCAAGAUCGACAACAAACGAUGCGUUUUCGUUGGGAACCUCGACUUUGUGGACCAAGAAGGCGAAAUGGAGGGCGAGGAGAAAAAGAAGAAGAAGAGAGCCCCUGCGGAUGUGGAAGAGGGCCUCUGGCGUACCUUCAAUGCCCACACGGGUGGGUCUAAGAAGGGCGACGAUGCAAAGAAAGGAAGCGUCGAGUCUGUCCGUGUUGUCCGAGAUCGUGCGACUCGGGUCGGGAAAGGAUUUGCCUAUGUUCAGUUCUAUGACGAGAAUUGCGUGGAGGAGGCCCUAUUGCUUAACGGAAAGAAUUUUCCGCCCAUGCUCCCACGGAAGAUCCGCGUGUCACGGGCCAAGAAGGUGAUGAAGAAGCGCGAGGACAGCGGUGCUCCGAACAAAACCCUUCGCGAAGCCGACAAGACGCUCCAGGGCCGUGCCGGCAAGCUGUUUGGUAGAGCCGGGGCAGCCAAGCUGAAGGCGGAUGCGAAAAAGACCAUUUCGCAGAACUCUCUGGUGUUUGAAGGCCAUCGGGCCACAGAGGAUGGGUCUCGCAUCCGCGUGAAGACGAAGAGUCGCGGGUCCAAGGGCAAGCCAAAGAAUCGCAGCAGUAAGCGAGCAGCAGCUUUCCGGGCUGCCGGAGGAAAGAAAGCGGACGGAGGAAAGUAG